AUUUUAUUAAGCACUUUUUGCAUCCUCAACCUAGCUAGUGAUAGAGGAAACAAAAAUGUCCUCGCUUGACAGAGUAAAAGUAUUAGUCUUGGGAGAUUCAGGUGUUGGAAAGUCGUCUUUAGUUCAUCUGCUGUGCCAUAACCAGGUUUUGGGAAAUCCUUCAUGGACAGUUGGUUGUUCUGUGGACGUCAGGGUCCAUGACUACAAAGAAGGCACGCCAGAAGAGAAGACCUACUACAUUGAACUGUGGGAUGUUGGAGGCUCUGUGGGAAGCGCCAGUAGUGUUAAAAGCACCAGAGCAGUUUUUUACAAUUCAGUUAAUGGCAUUAUUCUAGUUCAUGAUCUGACCAACAAAAAAUCCUCUCAGAAUCUGUAUCGCUGGUCAAUGGAGGCAUUAAACAAAGAUUCCUCUCCUACAGGGGUCAUCGUGUCGAAUGGGGAUUAUGACAGAGAGCAGUUUGCAGACAACACCAUCCCUCUCCUGCUAAUAGGCACCAAGUACGAUCAGAUCCCUGAAAACAAGAGGAAUGAUGUCCUGACUCGCACCGCCUUCCUAUCUGAAGACUUCAACGCAGAGGAGAUCAACCUGGACUGCACAAAUCCACGCUACUUUGCUGCUGGCUCAUCUAAUGCUGUAAAACUGAGCAGAUUUUUCUUCUGGUUCAUCUGGUUCUUUUUUUUUUUUUUUUUUUAAACUUUGCCCUUUUUC